AUGGGAGCCGGGAAAUCACCGCCCGAAAAGCGGACCGACAUCGAUGGGCAGAGCGAGAGCAGUGUGAAAACCGUGGAAACGCCCGACCUCGACGCGAAGAGGGCCUCGAUUUUGCAACUGUACCGGUACGCAUCGCCCUUGGACCUUUGUCUGGUGGUGCUCGGAUGUGUGGUGGCGAUGGUGACCGGUGUCGGCUUCCCGUUUCUAUCGAUCAUCAUUGGAAACGUGUCCCAGGCGUUUAUCGUGUUGGAGAAUGCGAGAUUGCAAAACGACACGGACGCUGGGAUGGUGGAAGCGCGAGAGAAGUUCAAGCAUGACGUUAUUCAGGCCUGUAUCCACUAUGCCAUCGUUGGCGUCGUGAUCAUGGCUUCAUCUUUUAUACAGAUCGCGUGCUUCAUGGUGAGCUGCGAAAACGUCACCAACCGGAUGAGAAGGGCAUUCUUUAAGGCUAUAAUGCGCCAGGACAUCUCCUGGUACGACCGCAAUCAUUCUGGAACCCUGGCUACAAAGCUUUUCGACUCGAUGGAACGAGUUCGUGAGGGUCUCGGUGAUAAGAUGGGGUUGAUGUUCCAGUUCUCUGCACAGUUCUUCGGCGGCCUGAUCGUUGCGCUGACGUACGACUGGAAGUUGACGCUGAUCAUGAUGGCGCUAUCACCUGUGCUUAUCAUUUGCGGUGCUUUUAUGGCCCGGAUGAUGGCCUCCGCAACAGCCGCCGAGAUGAAAAAGUACGCGGUGGCCGGACAAAUUGCUGAAGAAGUUCUAACAUCGAUAAGGACUGUAUUUGCCUUCAACGGCCAAGAAAGGGAGUGCCGACGAUACGACCAAGCCCUGGAAGCCGGGAAAAUCGACGGCUACAAGAAGUCAGUCUACAUUGGCAUCGGCCUGGCGAGCACCAUGAUUGUCAUCUUCUCCACGUUUUGCCUGGCUUUUUGGGUGGGCACGGACUACAUCUACUGGGGGAUGACGUCUUCGGCUGAUGUAUUGACGGUGUUCUUCUCGGUGAUGAUGGGCUCGAUGGCGAUGGGGAAUGCCGGGCAACAGUUUGGGGUGCUUGGUGUUGCCCUUGGAGCUGCUGGCGUCGUUUUCCAAGUUAUCGAUCGGGAGCCAGAAAUCGAUUCCUAUUCCGAAGAGGGCCAGAAACCGAAACAAAUCCGCGGCGAGGUCCGAGUGGAAAAUCUUCAUUUCCGCUAUCCAUCCCGAAAAGAUGUCCCAAUUCUGAAGGGAAUUUCAUUGACAUGUGCCCCGGGUGAAACUGUGGCUUUGGUUGGAUCAUCUGGAUGUGGAAAAUCGACAAUUGUUCAGCUUCUUCUUCGUUAUUAUAAUCCAGAUGAGGGAAAGAUUACAAUUGACGGAAUUCCGAUUGAAGAGCUAAAUAUUGAAUGGGUCCGUCGAGCAAUUGGAGUUGUCAGCCAAGAACCCGUUCUUUUUAAUACAACAAUUCUCGAGAAUCUUCGUUAUGGCAAUCCAGAUGCAACAGAUGCUACUUCUGCACUUGAUGCUGAAAGUGAGAGUGUCGUACAGGCUGCUUUAGAGAACGCUUCAAUUGGUCGCACAACUAUCGUUAUCGCACAUCGUCUAUCCACAAUUCGAAACGCGAAUAAAAUUAUUGCGAUGAAGAAUGGCAAUGUUGUGGAAGUGGGAAAUCACGAGGAACUCUUGAAGAACAAAGGCCUCUACUAUGAACUCGUGAAUGCACAGGUCUUUGCUGAUGUCGAGCCAAAGGGAGGUCGUCGUGGCAGCACAAAGGAAACCACACGCCAAAUUUCCGGACAGAUGUCACGGAAAUCGACGGGGCUGAGCCAAAUGGAUGCCGGCAUUGACGUGGACGAGUUCGACAAAAAGAAGGAGACGGAACUGGAACGGCUGAGGAGAGAAGCCGCCGAGGACGGGGCGGAAGAGCAGAACUUGUUGAAAAUCCUGAAAUAUGCGCGAAGCGAAUGGUGGCUGCUGGUGAUCGGCUCGUUGGCCUGCGUCAUCCAGGGUGCCGUAUUUCCCGUAUUUUCCCUAUUUUUCACCCAGAUUAUGCAGGUGUUCGCCGAGCCCGACCCGGAAGUGAUGAGAAGGGACGGGCACCAUUGGGCGUUGAUGUUUUUGGCGCUGGCUGCCGUACAGGGCAGUACCAUGCUCAUCCAGUCGACGUUCUAUGGUGUUGCCGCGGAACGGCUGACGAUGCGACUGCGCUCAAAGGUAUUCCGAAACGUACUCCGCCAAGACGGCGCCUAUUUUGAUCACCCCGCCCAUUCACCGGGCAAAAUCUCGACCCGUCUCGCCACCGACGCCCCCAAUGUGAAAGCGGCCAUCGACUACCGUAUCGGAUCCGUUUUUAACGCUGCCGUUGCGCUGACGGCCGGCAUUGGAAUCGCCUUCUAUUAUGGCUGGCAGAUGGCGUUGCUUAUGCUGGCGCUAAUGCCUCUCGUUGGCGUCGCCCAAUCGCUACGCGUGCGCCUUGAGCACGGCCGUAACAAUGCGGACACGUCGGACCUGGAGGCGUCCGGAAAGAUUGCGAUGGAAGCCGUGGAGAACAUCAGAACAGUGCAGGCAUUGACGUUGGAACGGACGUUGCACGAUAAAUUUGGGCACCAUUUGGACGGGCCGCACCGGUCGAGCACGCGAAAAGCUCUAGUACAGGGUGUUGCGUACGCGGUGGCCAACUCUGUAAUGUUCUUCCUAUCGGCGGCUGAAUAUCGGUUUGGGGCGUGGCUGAUCAUGGACCAUCACAUCAGUAACCCGAUUAAUGUCAUGAGAGUAAUGAUGGCCAUCCAAUUCUCGUCCACCUCACUCGGCUUCGCUUCAGCCUAUUUCCCGGAAUACGCGAAGGCCAAAUUCGCGGCGGGACUCAUUUUCAAGAUGCUGGGCGAAAACCCGUUGAUUGACAACCUGACCCGGGGAGGAAAACUCACGCCGAUUCACGGUGCGGUGACCUUCAAAGAUGUGCGUUUCAAAUACCCGCAGCGGCCAGAAAUCGAGAUUUUGAAAGGCCUGAACUUGAAAGUGAACCCCGGAGAAACACUGGCAUUGGUCGGUGCAUCUGGAUGUGGAAAAAGUACCGUUGUCCAAUUACUCGAAAGAUUCUACGAUCCGAAUAAUGGAUUCUUGGAAGUAGACGGAGAAGAUAUCAAACAAUUGAAUCCUCAGCAUUUGAGAAAACACAUUGCCCUCGUUUCUCAAGAACCUAUAUUAUUCGAUUGCUCCAUUAAAGAAAAUAUCAUCUACGGAUUGCCCGAAAACUCAGUUUCUGAUAGCGAAGUGCUGGAGGCGGCUAAGAAAGCGAAUAUUCACAAAAACCCAAAAAUAUUACUUCUCGAUGAGGCCACUUCAGCACUGGAUACAGAAUCUGAAAAGUUGGUACAAGAUGCCCUGGAUAAAGCAUCACAGGGUCGAACUUGUAUCGUUAUUGCCGAUCGUCUAUCUACUGUCGUUAAUGCGAACUGUAUAAUGGUCGUCAGUGGAGGGCAGGUUAUUGAACAAGGCACUCACAACGAGCUAAUGGCCCUUCGGGGGGCAUAUUUCAACCUGAACAUCAAACAACAGACCAAACAGCAGGCCGAUAAUUCCGUGGUCACCUUU